GAAGAAGAGGACUUCUAGCUGUUCGCUGUCAACGUUCUCAACGCGCGUGCUGGGAAAAGAACGUUCCCUGGUUGCUGAACCUUCGUCUUUCUGGGGGAGUGUCCAGAGCCUACAGGGAUUUCCGUGCCGGACAUGAGUCUGACGAAGGUGUUCCACGUCGUCAGGCGUCGGCUGUGGCUGCAGUCGGUGAAGCGCCACUACAUUGCGCUGGCACUCGAGCUGGUCAGCUUGCUCGUGCUGUCUUGGUUGUUAGUUCCCUUAGACGCGCCUGAAGUGGCCCCACAGAAGCUGUCGGCGCAACCGGAUCCGGUAUUCCACGACGCCUUCCAUAUAAACGAGGAGUAUGCCUACCCGUCGGUGGUGGUGUACGCACCGAAGAAUCCGCGGACUGACCAGCUCAUUCUGAAAGCCUUCAACGGCAGCGUAAAGUCCGUACAGCGGAUGGCCUUGGCGAAGCGGUCCGAAGUGGCAUCCCAGUGCCGUUUGCAGUGGGCGGACAAGGGCAGCAGCGGCAACGUUAUCUGCGUUGCGUUCUCCGACCUGUUCGGUGCCGCCGAUGGUGACAACCUGGAGUACGAGUUGCUGCACCGGACGCGACAAGUAGUUCCCGACCAGCUUCCGAUAACCGGUCCGAAAGGCUUCAAGCUGGAAGGAACCACCGGCUCUCUCAAGGACCAGUUCGGGUUCCUUUUGACGGAGCAAGAGAUCAUCGAUAUGCAGUAUCUUUCUGAUAAGAUUUCCAUUAAGGACAUAAGCGUGUCGCUCCGUGGUAUGCCCGAUGCGCCGCCCGUCAUGGACCAAGAGCAGUUUCGAACAUACUUUGCCUUAAUCACGCGCGUGAUUUUCUGCAUCCCUCUGCUGCGCCGAAUAGCUGCCAUAACAGCUGAACUGACUACGGGAAUGAAGGACCAGCAGCGAAUCAACGGUUUACCAGUGCCGGCAUUCUGGCUGGGCCACUUCCUCUCGGCUUUUGCAAUCCAGAUGGUCGACAGCGCCAUUAUCGUCUGCAUCAUGUUUUUCAAGCGCUUCUACCGACAUGUUGGCGCCAGUUUGGCCAGUUUGGUCCUGUUCGUCAUGAUUGUGUUCAAUACGGGGCACGUACUGUUGGCCAUGGUGAUUGCGACGGUAUGUAAAAAGGGGAGCAGAGCCGUGUCUGGUGGCCUAUUCUUUGGAUUCUGCAUUCCAAUGUUCGGAAUGUCCGAUUCUGAGGCAUCCCUGAGCGGCCUUUUGUUUACAGCACGCUGGAAGAAGCUCGUGCGUGCCAUAUCGCCACAAUUAGGACUCACUACAUUGCUGAGAACUCUUGCAAUCUUUGACGACUACAAGGGUGGAGCCGGCUGGGGAAUAAUCUUCAAACGCGCCCUGGACUUGGACAGCGUCACUGUGUUCGAAAUGCUAGUCGUCAUGAUUGUUACCUGCCUUGUGGAAUUAUUUCUGCUGUUUUACUUCAGCAAUGUGCUGCCUUGGGCCACGGAUUACCCGAUGUCGCCCCUCUUCUGCCUCAUGCCCGGCUACUGGCUUCCCGCUAAUGUAGUAGCCGUCACCGAGGUUAUUCAGGAGGAGAAUCGAGACCCGGAACGCUUCGAGGUGGCGCCGGAUAUAGCUGCUCUUGUGGACAUCCGUGGCGUGUCAAUGAAGUUCGGCUUAUUCACCGCACUUGACAACGUUAGUUUCAAGAUCUACUCAGAUCAAGUGACCGCGCUGCUUGGCCACAAUGGUGCUGGCAAGACAACGCUCAUGAGUUGCAUCACAGGACUGCUCAAGCCUUCGUGCGGUACCAUCAAAUUUGGCGGUGGCGAAAGUGCAGGCGCCGCUAAAGAUACCGGCUUCUGCCAGCAGUUCGAUGUGUUUUUUCCCGACAUGACUGUGUUGGAGCACCUCGUAUACUUUGGUCAGAUGCAGGGCCGGUGGGGUGACGAGCUGAGGAAGGACAUUGGUGAGAUUCUGAAGGCAGUCGUGCUCACCGACAAGAUGUACUCGUUCCCCGCGCAGCUGUCCGGCGGAAUGAAGAGGCGACUCAGCUUGUCCAUCGCACUUGUCGCUAAGCCCAAGCUGCUGAUCCUGGACGAGCCGACGACCGGCAUGGACCCCGAAACGCGACGAAGCGUUUGGGACUUGUUGAGCAUGCUUCGCAAGGAUACCACCAUCUUGCUCUCGACACACGACAUGGAAGAGGCUGAAGUGCUUGCAGACCGGAUCGUCAUGCUGAGCUCCGGAAAACUCGUGUGUGACGGCACACCAGCAUUCCUCAAGAAGUCCUGUGGUGUGGGCUACACAAUCUGCCUUAACACGGAGCCCGCCAAAUUCGAUCUCGAGAAGACGUUGGGUAUCGUCCGAGAGACGGUGCCAAACGCCAUCGCACAGGACUCUAAGCAAGGCAGUACGACGAUCACACUGCAGACCACCGAGCACAAGGGCUUCGCAAAGAUGUUCGACCAGCUGGAGAAAAAUGCCGAACGCCUGGGAAUUGCGAGUUUCGGCGUCACCAUCGCCACGAUGGCGGAUGCAUAUGUCAAAAUUGCCACGGAUUGGGUUCCGAAUGAAGGCGGCGAUGACCAACACGAGAACACAGCACCUGUAGAAAGCGCGCCACAGGCACCUCUGAUCGUCCACACGAACAACGCUGGCAGCUUGCAGCGGCUGCGAGCGCUGCUUUCGAAGCGGCUGCUCUACUGGUACCGCUCGCCAAUGACCAUCGUGCUUGGCUGGAUACUCCCGGUGGUGCUUUUCGUCCUCGCCGCGAAGACCGUCUUUCAAAACCAGACCCGCCUCAUUCCAAAGCGGUCUGGCGCAAAAGCGAACGCACCCGAUAUGCUCGAGCUGCGCAGCAACGUCCACUUUGGCUCCGCCCGCGGCUUUGUGGAAGAGGCGCCCGCGACCAACUUCUCCAAAUACUUCGAGGCAUUGGCCCGAAGCGAGGGCGCCACCAUCGAAAAGAUAAAGAACGCCAAGCGGGACCUAGUGCAAAUGGCACGAAAAGACUUUUUGGACUACUACCGUCACUACGCCUAUGGGAUCACCUACAACGCCAACACGAUCGAGGGCUGGUACAACCCGGCGAGUCCCGUCUCCGCAAACGUGCUCUGGAACCUGAUUACCACGGCGCUACUGCGCGCCCAAUUGCGCUCUCCCAAGGCCCGUGUGACCACUAGUGCGUCCUUUUACAGCACGGACGAUCCGGAGCAGGGUUCCAAGGACGUUUCAAAAGCGAUAGCAGCAGCUGUACUUUUCUGGAACUUCGCUCCGCAAGCCAUCCUAGGUCUGACCGUGUCGACGAUGGUCAUCUUCCCCGUCCUUGAGAAGAGAAGCGGCGCGCUCGAGCUCCAGCUCAUGACGGGCAUCUCGGGCUCGCUGUACACGGCCGCGCACUUCGUGUUCGACUUCCUCGUGCAGUACCUGCCGCCGUUCGGUGUCGCUUUCACCGUGUACUUAUUCGGCUUCGAGAAAGAGCUACAUUUCACCGGUGUCGUGGGACUGUACCUGGUCAUGCUGUCGUUUGCUCCACUGGCGAUUUUGUUUUCGUACCUGAUGUCCGCCGUCUUCAGCUCAGAAGGAGGAGCAUUUACUGCAAUGUUGGUGGUGUUCGUUAUGGGAGCGCCCGUGACCACGCUACUGUUUGCCCUCUCGGCGCACUACACGUCGUCACUCCGGAUGUCUCGCAUGUUAUGCGUGCUUGUGUCUCCACCGUUCGCUCUCGGUCAGGCCGCCACGAAGGCCAUCACACGGGGAAAGAUUGCGCACAUUUGCGCCCAGGCGAGGGCGCUCGACGUGCACCGUGCAGUGGGCACCCACGGCUUCGAGGCUCAUUACUGGCCAUUCGUCGAGGCUGUGACCGCGGAAAAAACGCAUCCAUGCGGCGUAAGCUUUUUCUCGCUAUCCGGGAACAGCCCGUUGGUGGAGAUCCUGAUCAUGGCGUGCGAGGGCCUGCUGAUCUUCGUCCUCCUAAGCUUUCUGCACUCUGGACACUACGCGGAUAUGCGCUCCAUCUUUUGCCCAGAACGACGCUUCGCACAAGGCUCGUCGGAGGAGAUCACGGACGAAGACGUGAAGGCGGAGAAGGAGCUCGCCGAGCGGCUGGCGGCGAACGGCGCGUCCGCCGAGUGGGAGCAGCAGGGCUGCAUACUCGUGGCGCACGACCUGCGCAAGUCGUACGGUUCCUUCCAGGCCGUCAAGGGCAUCAGUCUGGCUCUUCGACGUGGCGAGUGCUUCGGGCUCCUCGGCGUGAACGGCGCGGGAAAGAGCACGACUUUCCAGAUGCUCGCGGGUCUCCUCGAGCUCAGCUCGGGCGAAGCCUACAUGUCCGACGUCAAGCUCUCGGUUUCCCGCAGGCGGUGGCAGUCCUUCAUCGGCUACUGCCCUCAGACCAACGGCCUGCUGGAGAAGCUGAACGCGUUCGAACAACUGCGCCUCUUCGCUCGCCUCCGGGGCAUCCCCGAACCCCAGAUAGAAGCAGCGGUACAGGCGGUAAUCACGCUCGUCGACGUGGAGAAGCAUGCAUCAAAGUGGUGCGGGACUUACAGUGGCGGCAACAAGCGGAAGUUGUCGAUCGCUGUGGCCAUCUUGGGAAAUCCCAGGGUGGUCUUCCUGGACGAACCCUUCGCUGGCAUAGACGUCGUGUCCAGGACCAAGAUCACCGGCAGACUUGCAGCGUUGCGCACGGAGGGUAAUCGAGCCAUGGUGUUCACGUCUCACGGCAUGGAAGAGUGCGAGACGGCGUGUGACCGAAUGUGCAUCAUGGUGGCAGGCCAGAUGACCUGCCUUGGCACCCUGCCGCACCUGCGGGAUAAAUUCGGCACCGGCUACACAAUGCAGCUGGUCAUGGCGCGCACUGAGCCGCCUGCAAAAGAAGUAAACCCGGCGGAUCAGCCCAUGGAGGGCAAGACCAGCAAGGCGCUCGACCAGGACGUGGCCAAUCUCUUCCCGGGAGUGCGUGUCCUCGGAGACCACGAUAACGUUCACGCCUACCACAUCAAAGAGAAGCUUCCCUGGAGCGCCGUAUUCGAGAAGGUGGAAGAGCUCGAGGAGUCUCACGCUUUCUCCCACGUCAUGGUCCAAGACACCAACUUGGAGCAGAUAUUCAUUGCGUUCGCACAAAAGAAGGAUGCAGCAAGCAGAGCUUGAGCCACUUUGGUAUUUUGGGACAUUAUGUUUUUUUUUAAAGUUAUCUGUGAAACCAAACGAACUUUACAAACUCUCCAUAUACGCUGACCCCUCCUUAACGUACAUUAUGUAACCUUCGUAUCUCUUUAUUUCAUGUGCCUUUCAAUUAUUUAGUGCCAGCUCUUCACGCACAUUCACCUCCAUCGUGUAGUAAAUUCCUGCUCUCAAGAACGCAUGCCGCCAACUGACGGCAUGUUAUUUCAUUUCUAUAUUUA